CCCAGGGUCUAUAUUAGCGCUUCUUCGUUGACAGAUAACUGUGGAAAGGCCCUAUCCACCGGACACAAUGGCAGGACCGCGAUCAAUUCAUCAGCUUUAUCCUUGGACCCAGUCCCCCCUUAUUGUCUCUGCUCCGAUGCGAGAUGUCUCCGGGCCGGCACUGGCAGUUGCUGUAUCGGGAGCUGGUGGACUCGGCUUCAUCGCGGGUGGUGAUGACGUCUCUAAUCUGGAAUCCAAGCUCGUCGAGGCUCAGAGACUCGUUGCAGCACGCAAAGCUCGCAACCUUUCCCCGGAUCAGAAUCGCGUACUUCUUCACGACGACUCGACCCUUCCAGUUGGGGUGGGGGUCAUCAACUGGGGCGCUGACCUGGACGUCGCGCUACCGCUGAUAGUAAAAUAUCGCCCUUGUGCGGUCUGGCUGUUUGCCCCAUCUACAAGCGCCGCAGACCAAGUGCCAUGGGUGGAGAAGAUUCGCGCAGAGACGGAUGGCAAGGUGUCAAUCUGGGUCCAAGUAGGGAGUGUUCAAGACGCAAUGGAUGCCGCCACUCAACUGCGGCCAGAUGUCCUUGUCGCGCAGGGAAGCGAUGGCGGCGGCCAUGGUCUGGCCAACUCGGCGAGUGUCCUCGUCCUCGUGCCCGAAUUGAUUGAUCAGCUGCACGCCACCACCACCACCACCACCAUUAACAGCGGACCGGACUCGAGUUCGCCGACCAUCGUCCCCAAAAUCGUGGCCGCAGGGGGCCUGGUGGACGGACGCGGUGCCGCAGCAGCGUUUACUCUCGGUGCAGAGGCGAUUGUGAUGGGUACACGCUUCCUUGCGUCCUUCGAGGCAGACGUUCCGAAAGAGUAUCAGGAGGCUGUGGUUCUUACCACCGACGGUGGCCUCAACACCAUUCGUUCUCGCGUUUUUGACUCCGCCCGUGGAACGGUCAAAUGGCCGAGCAAGUAUCAGGCACGUGGUGUUGUGAACCGUACGUAUACCGACUUCCAAGCGGGCAAGGUCACGGAGUCGGCCAGUUACGAUCAAUAUCAGGAGGCUUUAUCCCACGAGAAGGAGAAAUACGGUCCACAUGGGAAGAUUGAUACUUUCUUUGGGACUGGUGUAGGGCUAGUGAGAGAGAUACUACCGGCUGCUGAGAUUGUUCGACGAAUAAGGCAAGAGACGGAGAGCAUCCUGAGAUCAGACCGCUUGUCUAAGCUCUGAGUUGCUGGCUUUUGGAAAAUGCUCAAGGAGUCGACAUGUCGACCUAUGUCUUUUCUUAUCUUUAUCUGACUACCUAGCUUUCUAAUUGUCAAUGCUAGAAUUGCU